AUGAGUGCAAAACAGUCGAUUGAUUCACAAGCAGAGCCGGUUGUGCUUCGUCUGAUUCUUGUCAGCGGUAAGACUCAUGAAUUCGAAUUCUCACCACUGACAUCAGCUCACGACGUAACACAAAUGGUAUUCGAUCAAUGGCCAGACGAGUGGUACGAGGAUAAAGUACAAAGUGCACAAAUGUUGAAACUCAUCUAUCACGGGCGGUUUCUUCACGGCUCCGUCACAUUACAUGCACUUCAGUUAAUGCCCGGCAAAACGACAGUAAUGCAUUUGGUGACUAGGGAAAAUCUGCCGGAACCUAAUUCAAGUGAAACACUGACAAAACGGAAAUCAGCGGGUUGCUGUCGAUGUGUGCUCUCAUAG